GUCCUAAAUACAGAAAUCGAAACUUAGUACUUUACUUGCACUUUACUGAGCACCAGCUGGGAGAAGCAAAUCUUUCACUGAAGCAACUAGUGUAAAGGCUCAUUCUCACUUUACAAGCACUCUGUGACUUUUUGCAGGAAUAAUUACUUUGUAGAAUCAUCACGUACACAUCAGUCAUGCCCAGGAAAAAUGGUGGAGCAUCUGCGAAACAGUCUUGCCCUGUGACAGGUGCAACUGCUUCAACUGCUAAACCAGCAAGUCCUAGAGGUUCAGCUACAGCUGCAUUUAAGGCUCCUUCCAAGCCAGAGGGAGUGGUUGGUUCGUCCACCAGAACUACACGGUCUGCUGAAAAUGGAGGGGCUGGCAAAUCGCAAGCAAAAGCAUCAUCAACGUGCACUGGGGUCAGUGGUGCUAGUAACCCUCCUUCCUCAGUAACUAGAACAUUUAAGACAACCAGAUCAAACAGUGUACAGUCCAAAGAUUCAGCAGCAAUCAAAUGUGAUUCAACAGCAAAAUCACUGGAAGGGAGAACUGCAAGAGGGUCAAGCCAACAAAAUGGUGAAACCUCGUCUGCUUCCAAAGCACCCUCAAAUACUUCUAGAGUAAAUGCUAAGCACCCAGCUUAUCAUAACAUAACAAAAGAGGAAGUGGCUGUUAUAGAAAAGGAAACACGGGGUCAGCGUACAAACCCACUGUGGUACGACAUGCGACAAAACCGCAUCACUGCAUCAGUGGCACAUAAGAUCGCCAAGUCUAAGUUUGCCAAUGACAAAACAGAUGAAAUUCCCCAGUCAUACCUGAAGGAGAUUAUUGGCUCAAGUUCUAAUGUGAUUACACCAGCUAUGACUUGGGGAAUUCAGAAUGAGAAAAAAGCAGUUGAAAAAUAUACAGCAAUCAAGGCCAGAGCCAGUGGACAAGACAUUGAAGUCCAAGACUGUGGUCUCUUCAUUCAUCCUAAGAAACACUGGCUAGCUGCUAGUCCUGAUGGGAUUGUGGUUGAUAAAAGCAGUGGGGAAAGAAAAGAACUGGUGGAGGUGAAGUGUCCUUACAAACACAGAGAACACACAAUCGAAGAGGCAUGCAGGGAUAAAAGUUUCUGCCUUGAAAACGAAGGAGAUUCUUAUACCUUGAAAAAGAAUCACCCAUAUUACACCCAGCUGCAGUGCCAAAUGGCAACAACAGGUGUUCAUAAGGCAGAUUUUGUUGUGCAUACCAACAAAGAGACAACUGUUGUCCCUGUUCAUUUUGAUGAUAGAUACUGGGAUCAAACCCUUCCAAAACUAGAAAAGUUCUAUUCUAAGGCUGUGAUUCCAAAUUUGGAAGGUCAUAAUCCAGUCCUAGCCAAGGAAGAAUAAGAGUUCAAAGGAUCUGAAUGAAAAGCAGAGAGUAAUAGAAAUGAACGGGACCUGAUGCAAAUAUAGUUGUGUAUACUAGUAGCAGAUGCUGACAUAUUCCAUUACAGCAUAGUGCUUAUUUUUUUCUUUGUAGGUUGGGGAAGACUCCUUUAAUGACAGUACUAGCAUAUAUGAUUGACAGCGUUGAUUACCAAUGCACUGUACUUCUUUACAGUUGUAUUGCUGAGUAAAAGAAUCCAGCAAGACUAAACUACAUUAAUACACAAAAAAUGAAGCAAAAUUAUGCAAAAGAAAACAAAAUAAAAGACAAAAAGUGAGGCAAAUGAACUACCAUAGUUAGCUACAUGUGAUGGGACUUCCCCCUUCCACACUCUGUCAGUGUAAUUCUCUUUUAAGGUAAUUAAUUCAUUUGCCACCGGGGUAGUGAUUGGACAGUAAACUUAUUUGUAAGCUGUGCCAAACAGCAGCAGUAAAUUAAACUGCAACAAUGAUUGGUAGUAGGUGCACUAAUACUGUUAAUGGCAUAUGAAAGGGGCUGCUGCCAAACAGACUCCUACCUAUGUAACCACUCAGUUUCACAAUUGUUGUAACUAGCUGGGGGCAGGUUAAGGAGGGGCUGGACCCCCCCCCCCUUACAUACUGUAACAGCAGCUGCAGCAGCAGUUCAGUAUGCUCAACAAAAAUCUAAAAAAAAAACACUGUUGCUAAUGUCCUGCCACUGUUAGUCAUGGGGCGGUUGCCUUCACUCUACCCCUGCAAGUGUACCUGAGUUUCACUGUUUUUACAGCUAGCAGUAGAGUGUGUUGGAAGGGUGGCAGAUUCCUUUACCUGCUGUAGUAGCAGCAAUACAUUAGGAAAAUAAUAAAUACUUUAAUAACUACACAAGCUGUGUACUGUUUUAGAAAUUCAGGUUCCAUGUGUAUAUUUUAAGUUACACUUAUAGUUUAGUUUUCAGUAGUGUUUUGAGUUUAUGUAUUCUUUGAGGUCAGACUUGGGUGGGGUUUACAACUGUAUAUCCUACAGGAUGUGGCCUUUCAUAGUGUCAGCGAGCUGUGGAGGACUUAAAGUAUGUGGGAAUAUUGGAUAAAUUACUAAUAAAUGCAGUCAUUCUAUACCAUCACUGCCUUAGUUUACAGUAGUUGCAGUAGCUAUUGCAAGGAAGUGCUUCUGCUGUGUUUUUGUUUGUUUUUUACUUUAGAGUUUAUCUAAGAAAAUAUGGGUGGAAUCAGAUUUCUAUCGGUUCAUACCAAAGUCAGUAACUUUGUGGAGUUAGGACAUUAAUGGGAACUUCUGUGGAUGUAAGUGGACGGAGAGAAGACCCUAAACAUUGUCAUUUGCUGUCUUAACACUGAAGUAUUAAAACAUUUGCCCCAUAUUUUGCCUUGGAGUAAAAACAGUUUUAGCGAUUUGGCUUUUUAUAGGUUUUUGUAAUUUCGUAUCGCAUUUGUAUAAUUUUUAUACAACAUGGUUUAAUUUCCUUUAAUAAUGUUGCUUUUCUGAGCAUGAAAUCUGGUGUAAUUAGCAAUAUAAUUUUGACUGUUUGUAAUAGAAAAUGUUUGCAGUGCUUUGCAUUUGGCUGGAAUGUUUUGGGGGAUAGGCUAUUAAACUCACUCUCAGAGAAAGGUCAUAUAAGUGAAAAACACUGAAUUUUUCAUAAGCCUGUUUAAGCUAUCCUGAAAUUUUGCUGCUAGUUUCUUGUCUGCUGGGAGAAUUGUUGCACUUAUAUUGGUCAUACCUUAUUAUUUUUUGAAGGGGGUGGGGGUAGAUGGAGGGGGAAGUCUAUUACGAAGUGAUAGUUGAAAAAAAACUGUCCAGUGGGAUAGGUAAAUACGUCAAGGAUACAAGUUGCUGGCUGGUGAGAUGGCUGUUUAUUGAAUACCAGUACAGCCUGCAGAAAGGAUGGUGCUAAACAUCACUGCUGCAGUACUUUCUGAUAAAGAACUUUAUUCUGUAAAAGUGACAAGUCCAUUUUCAUAGCUGCACUGUUAGUCAGUAGGUAGCAUACUUGCCUUUGGCACAGAAGACUGUGGGUUCUAUUCACACACCAGAUAGAUUGAUUACUUAGAUUGUUGUACAGCAUAAGUAAACUCCUGAAAUGUUAAACUGAGGCCCCAUCUGCUUGAGCUAGUUGUAGCUCAGAUGGAUGUAAAACAUCCCGUGGCACCUAUUGAAAAGAGUAGGGAUCCUUUUAUUAAAAUUUACAAAAUGCAAUAUAUACAUCCUAUAUACAAAUGUCAUAGCUUGUUUACAAUUAUGUACAAGUAAAUCACAUUCAGUUUUUUUGACUUUCAAUCCCCCCCACUCUUUUUUCCACAACUAAAAUCUUAUUUUCUUCAAAAUUUCUGACAAUACCCAUUUCACAUUAUAUUUUGUCUCAUUCAUUCUUUCAUUCCAGAUAAUCCACAUUAAACAAAACAAAAUUUUUCAUCUAGUCUAUCUCUAUCAUGUUGUUUCAUGUUUUCACAGUAUCCAUAUUUAUACAUUUUACAUUUUUCAAUCUUUUUAAACAUUCUUUGUCACACAUUUCUUCCCAUAAUUGAUUUACUCUUUUACAUUUCUGAAAAACGUGUUCAGUGGUCUCUAGUUCCCCACAGUAUGUACAGAUUAUAUCUUUUAUUGUUGUAUAUGGCAUCUUUACCUUUACUGGAAGCCUAUUUAUUAACUUACACAUAAAAUGUGUAUAUUCUACAUAUUUUUUGCAUCUUUUCAUUCUUGUUUUUAUAGCUUUCAGUUUUUUAUCCCCUAAAUGUUUCCAAGGGUAAAUAUAAUAAAAUUCUCCCAUUAUAUUUUCAUGCCAUGUUUUCCUAUUCUGUUCUAUGUUUCUUAAAUCAAUCUUCCAUAGUAAUGUUUUCUCGAUAUAGUUUCAUUUUAAUACAAGUGAUUCCUUUACUUUUUAAACAUUUGAGCUUUUCACAUAUUGAUAUAUAUUUUUUCUCUAAUCCUUAUUAACAGUUUUCCUUUUUCCUGUAUUCCUAUCAGUAUUUUAUGUAAAUUUAAUGAGGCUAUAUAUUCAAUUGGGUUUACUAAACCAAAACCUCCUUCCUUUUUGGCAACAUAAAGAAUUCCUAUUUUAAUAGCAUUCAAUCUAGAUCCCCAUAUAAAUGUAAGUAACACAUUCAGUAACUCUUUUUGACAUUCUGGUGGUAUCAUAAAUACACUUGAUAGAUAUGCCAUUUUACCUAAUAUUACUAUAUUAAACAUGCUCUUUUUUCCUGUAUUUAAAUUUGAAUGUUCUCUAAAAUAUACAAGUACUCCUUAUUUUAAGUAUCAUAUCCUUACAUUGUGACACUCUCAGUUGCUUAAUACCAAGCCUUAUUCCAAUAAUUUCUAUUUCUUCUUUACUAAACUGGAUACCUCUUAUUUUUCCAGAGAACCCCAGCCCUUUAUGGUUUUCCUCAUUAAUACUUAAACCUAACACCUUUAGUUCUUUGUCAAGUGUCUUAAUAGCUGUACUCAUCCAUUCUUUAUUUUUAACAACUAAUAUUAGGUUGUCCACAUAAGAGAACACCAAUGGAAUCUUGAAUUCCCUCUGGUGUACAACAUUUAGCUUCCUUCAAUGCCAGAUUUAUCUUGGUAACUGGCGCAUUCAUAGUCUCUAUUUUUUAUGUCUGUUCUUUCUCCCUUUUUCCAUAUAAAUUUCAUUGCACCCAUACAUAUUUUUUAUCAUUUAAACAUUUCCAACCCAUUCACUCAACACCUCUAAAAAAUAUUCUGUUUGCUAUUCUUGCAUGUCUUUGUACAUUAGAUAUUCAUUUCAUCUAAACCUAUAGCUGCUUCUACAUUUACUGUUUUCAACACAUUUUUAAAUAUUGUAAUCUUUUCUUCAUUAUCUUCUCUUUUUCAGUUAAUUUUUUAAGUUCCAUCUAUUUUUUCUUGUAGUGCCACAUGUGGAAAAACAUUUCCAAAAUAUAUCUUUUUUACUGUCUGCAUAAUUUCUGUUUGUGUAUUCAGUAUAUAUCCUUCCUCGUUCCUUAACUCUCAUUAUUUUUAUUUUUUUCUUUAACCAAUUUUACUUAGAUAUGGUGCUGCUUCUUUUCUUCCUUGUAAAAAUAUUAUUGUUUGAAUAACAGUUUUAAAUUUUCUCUUGGUUAAUUUCAUAUAACAUUCUCUGUUUUUCUAGAAACUUUUCUUUGUUAUGGUUUUAAAAACUUGGUUACUUAUUUCCUUAUAUUUGCAACUGUCUAGUAUUCUUUUUGUCCUUUGCCAUUCCAUUACUUAUUUUCUAUAUUUAUAUUUUUUAAACUAAUCCACCAACUUGUCCAGUCUUUAUAAAAUCCUCCCAAUUUAUAUGAUCCAGCCAUAGUUGAUGUAUUAUUUCCUUUAUGUACUCAUUUAGGUCUCAUUCAUUAAUUCUUUUUAUUCCUCCCAACUAUUUUUAUAUAACCUAUUCUUUUUGAAUCUCUAUCCAGAUUACUACAUGGUCUGAAAAUGUAAUUUUUACUCCUUGAUGUAAUAUACUUAUACUUAAACUCUCUGAUACCAAAAAGUAACCAGUUUCAGUUUUCAGAUUACUCCAUUUAUAUAUCCAGUGUUUGUUUUCCCAUAAGUAUAUUUUACCCCUUUUGAUCACAUCUGAAAUAACUUUACAUCCACCCCUUCUUUACACGUAUGUCUUAAAUCGCAAUUGAAGUCUCCCACUAUACUCUCAUAAUCAGGUGUUUUCCUAAACAUAAUAUUUGUUUUUAAGUGUAUGCAUAGAGUGUAAUCAUCCUAUAUAUUUGGUUCUUCCAUCUUAUAUCUAAUAUUACAAUUCUUCCUGAUAUUAGUAACGUAUAAUCCAGAAUUUCUAUACAUUCCUUACAUAAAAUGGGCGGUGCAGCGGUUAACAUUGCUGCCUUAUAGCAAGAGGUUCUCCAGUUUGAUUCUCAGCUGGGAUGCCUUCUGUGCAGAGUCUGCAUGCCCUCCCUGCGUUCACGUGGGUUUCCUCUAGGUGCUCCGGUUGCCACCCACAGUCCAAAGACAUGUGCCCGGAGUGUUUCUUCCCCCGGCCUCUCCUGAAAAUAGGCCUAGUUGGACUUUCCUGGUCAACAAAUAUUAAAUAAAUAAAUAAAUUGCUAUGCCUGAGCAUUUUUCAUCUCUUAAGUUCCAUAUAACCUUGCCUUCUCAUAAUCCAUUAACUUGUAUUCUUUCUUCUUCUGUUAUUCUUAGAUACAUAUUAAUAAUGUCCACAUCUAACAUUCUGGUAAAAUAAUUCUACACCAUUCCAAUACUCCUAGCCUUCAACUUUCUUUCUACUAUUCAUGUUAAUGGCUAGGGUUCUCACCUUGUGGAAAAGUUUCUGUUGCUUUUAUCCUUUUCCUUUUUUAAUUUCCUCCUAUACCUAUAUUUUUAAAUUUGCAUAUUCUGUCUUUCCCCAAAGAACUUCUUUUACUUUUAACCUUAUUCAUUUAUUAUCCCUUUCAUCACCUGAAUUAAUUAUUUCUUCCUCUAUCUCUCCCUCUUUUCCUUUUGUUUCCCUUAUAUGUACAUUUACUUCCAUUUCUAUAUCUUUAUAAUUCAUUUUUUUUCUUUUAGUGUUUCUUCUGUAUUAUCUGCUAAAACAUUCUCCCUGUCUUGGUCUGACUUUGUUUCCUGUGUAUAAUUUUCUGUAGCAUUACAGUCCAUCCAAGAAUGUCCUAUUUUUCACACUUUAUUCAUUUUUGCUCACAUUUUUUUGCUUCAUGACCAACUUUUCCACUAAUAAAACAUUUCCUUUUGUCACAAUUAUUAAUUAAAUGAUCGUCUUUACCACAUAAAAAACUUUUAUUUGUUUGCCCUCAGUAUCUAACCGAUCCCUUAUUUCCUUUCACAUUAAUUAUACUCGGCAAAUGCAUUAUUUUGUCAUUUUACAUUUUCAGUAUAACACCACAUUCCUAUCCCCCAGUCCAUAAACCUCUGUUGUCAAAGAUCUUUGUAAUGUCCAUUUCAUCUCUACACAUAGUUUUUAAAUAGUCUUUACAAUCGUUACUUUCAGUUUCAGUUUAAAAUUGUACCAAUAUUCUUUUUUUUAGCUUCUCUGUUAAAUGCCUGCACAACGUACAAGUUCCAAGGGUUUUCAUUCUUUCUGUUUUUAUACUGUUCUAAAAAUUUCUCCAUAUACUGUGCCUCCUCAAAAAAUGUUACAAAAGGUAUCUUUGUUAAUACAAAUAAAAGCUCUUGCCUCUCUGGGUUCAAUACCCAGUGGUGAAAUGAUGCUGUCCCACACUUCGUACCUGUCCAAUUCCUUUUCCAUUUUGUUACUUAUCCCCACCUGGUGCUUUCUUCUGCAUUCUUCUUUUCUCUUCUUAUGCCCUCUCUCACUGUUUGUGCAUAUGAUUUAUUUUCUUCCUUACUUAUUUCCUGAACUUCUUUUUGAAUUCUGUCCAUUAUUUCUCCCCACAACACUGCCUACUCGUUCUCUGGUUCACUCUGUUCAAUUAAUUCUUUCAGUUAAACAUCCCACAAUCCCCCUUUCUUACUGGAGGGUUGUAACAAUACACUCAGGUGUUGAAGAAUCUGUUGUAAACAAAUUUUGCUAAAAUAACUUCUCUGAAUCUACCAUGUCUACUUCAACUCCCUCUUUUUGCCUUUUACUCGACUCUCCUCCAUUUUCUUCCUUCUCCAUUCUCCUCACUCUGCAUAACUUAGUAUUCAUUCUCUGCCACAUUAGGCUUUUCAGCUGUUCGCCUAAGAGAUUCUCUUAGACUUUUCAGCUGUUCACCUAAGAGAUUCUCUUUCAUCCAAAACCACAGAAAACACCUUUUUCCUCCAUUUAUGAUUUUAGACUUCCUUUUCCUCCGAUCCGACUCCACGCCCUGAACAGAAGACAGGAAGUGUAACAGCAAAUUGAGGCCCUGUACGCAAAGAGUAGGGGAGGUUCCCUGAUGCCCUGGACAAAUUUCUCCUGGUAGUAUAAAUACCACCUCAGGUCUCCCCUGAAAAUAAGCUAAUAGCUUAGCAGGACUAACCCAGUCAACAAAGGAUAAAUAGGUGAAAUAAAUAUUCGCCAGGAGAAUACUAGGCUAUAAAAUCUAUCUUUGUGGAAAUACAGGCAUGUCACUGUUUCAGCAUGAACUUCCAUCUUCUUCCAGAAAGAGUUGUAAACUGGACAAAAUGUCACCCCAAGAACCAUAUCCCACGAGACAGUAGAUGAAUGAGAGGGCACAAUAGACAAGGUGAGAGUUGAGCUGAUGGUAACAGAUUGAAGUGUAAAAUCUGAUGGACUUAAAAAUAUGCAUGGAAUUGUUAAUAAGACUAUAUCCCCUAAUUGUGUACCUUCUUUCUCUUCAGAAUACUUUGCAUUUUAAGAAGAUUGCAGUUGCAGAAAAUAUGUAUAUAUUUUCUUAUUAUUUGGAAAGACAGGUGUGUGUGUUAUGGUUUCUGUUGACACUUUUUUUUUAUUUGGCUGUGAGAAUUUUAUUAGAAAAAAUAGCUUUCAUCUUUAACAAUGAAACAAAUCAUCUCUGUUAUAGAAAAAAGAAUGAAGCAGCCUGUAGCAAGUAAGUUGUAAAAGAGCAAGCUUGCAAGUGGGGUGCUGGUAAAUAUUUGUUAAAAAAAUCAGUUUUGCCAAAACUCAGUAUAUGAUUUUAAUGCAUCAAAAUGCUAUAUGACUAAGAAAGAAUAUUUUUUAUGUUAUGUAAAAAUCCAAUGUGGAACAAUUGCCCUUUGCUGUAAGGUGCUGAAAUUAAAAUAUUUCCAUUGGCAAACCCAA